AUGACCUCAGCCGCCUCAACUAUGUUCCCAACUCUGCCCACAAGCCGACCGGUGCUCGUCAUUAUCGGGCCUGGCGACAUGGGAGUUGUCAUUGCGCGUCGUCUCGGAGGUAGCAAACAAGUGCUUCUUGCGGACGCCUCCAAGAGACAAUUAGAUUCGGUCUUAGAAACCCUUCGAAAGGAGGGUUUCUCGCCAGAAGGUCAUAUUCUAGACAUCAGCGACGCCGACGCCGUGCAGAAAUUUGCGCAAGAUGCCCCCAGCCAUGGAAGAAUCGAGGUCAUCGUCCAUACGGCUGGAGUGUCUCCGGUGAAUAACACUGCUUCCCAGAUAUACAAGAUCAAUUUAAUCGGAAGCGCCAAUGUGAUCGAGUCUUUCCUCACGGUAGCUUCCCCUGGUACUAGUAUGAUCUGCAUCGCCAGUAUGGCAGCUCAAUACAAAACGCUGUCUUCCUCCUUGGAGCAACACUUGGCCAAAGCACCGAGAGACCAGCUUCUUCAACACGCAGAGCUCGACCUGUCCUCGAGCGACACGAUGUCCGCGUACGGGAUCUCGAAACGGGGCAACGUCCUCCGAGUACAGGCUGCGUGCUACGAAUGGGGCCAGAAAGGAGCCCGGAUCAAUUCGGUCAGUCCCGGCGUUGUUUCGACGGUGAUGUCGGAGCGAGCCGUUCAGAGCCAUCUGCAGGAGGCCAUCCUAUCGCAGAUCAAAUUCUCGGGAGCUCGUCGCGUUGGCACUGUGAAUGACGUCGCCGGGGUUGUUGGGUUUCUUGCAAGCCAGGAUGCUUCGUUUAUUACGGGGACGGAUAUAAUGUUGGAUGGGGGACAACUUCCUGGACAGCGGUGGCAUGCGCAGGCAAAUUAUUGGCAGAUCAGAAGUACUAUGCCUUUCGAUGGCAGAAUGCGACUUCAACGUCUGGUGGCCUUGCUGGUGAUUGCCAUUCUGGCAUGCCUUUCGGUGGUUCUACUUCGAGGACAUGGAUCUUCAUAUUCCUUGAACACUUCUCCUUUACCACCUCCCUACUCUCCUCCUCCGCAUUCCUCUUCCCCUCUUUCCUCCGCUCCAGGGCCCACCUGGCAUUCCGAGAGUCAUGGCCCAGACAUCCCUGAAACUGAACAUCCGAUGUCUGGUCUGAUUUCGAAUGCCGAUCAGCAAUUUGACCAGCUUCGCUCACGCCAAUCUAAAACAUUAAAUGAAGCUGUAAAUGAGUACCGUCGUCGUUAUGGCAUGAACCCCCCGCCGCACUUCGACAAGUGGUUCCAAUUUGCUAAAGCAAGGGGCGUCCAACUUAUUGACGAGUACGACACGAUCUAUCAUUCCCUCUUGCCAUUCUGGGCUUUGGAGCCGAAGAAGAUCCGCGAGCGUGCGCAUGAAGCUCUUGGGUUCGACAAUUCCAUGCUUGGGGUCUUAAUCCGAGAUGGAAAAGUCACUCUGGUCGAGGGCGGCACUGAGGAGCAAAACUGGCAGAGAGAUGCUACCGCGGGCAUGAUGAAGAAUUUUGUUAAGUAUAUGCCCGACAUGGACUUGGUGUUUAAUGCACACGACGAGCCGCGAGUUAUACUUCCCAGCGAAGAUCUGCAAAGGCUGGUCAGUAUCGCCAAAGACCAUGCCAUCCCGAGCGCUUUUCAGAAUCAAAAACCGGUCAAUGCGUGGUCAGCCAAACCAGCCGAGCUGAACAAGGGCGAUCGUAUUGACGAAGUCCGCACUACUCGAUUCAAUCGCUUCGCUCAUCAACCUACGUGGACCAGCUCUCGUGCUUCCUGUCCGGUGGAUAGUCCCGCUCGCUCGCUCGAUGAAAAUGCACCCGACAUCGUCGAUGCUUAUGCUCUUGGCGAACUUGGUUAUGUCUACAAUACCACCGCUUUCUCCGACGUUUGCACCUCUCCAUCUCUUCGGAACAAGUUUGGUUUUCUGGAGCGCGCAAAUGCUUUUGACGUGGUCCGUGAUCUCUUUCCGGUUUUCUCGCAAAGCAAGAUCUCGAGUUUUCAAGACAUUCUCUACCCCAGUCCGUGGUACUGGGCUGAUAACGUGCCUUACAUCGAAACGCGCGACAUGAACUGGGAGGGAAAAAAGGAUCAAAUGUACUGGAGAGGGUCAACGACAGGCGGGUUUUCUCGAGGUGGUGGCUGGCGACGACACCAUCGACAGCUAUUUGUUGGUCAUAUCAAUGCCUUGAACAAAGCAAAGGUACUUCGAAAAAUGGAGGACGAUCGCUGGGAGUCAAAUGAAGUGGAUCGCAAUGCCUAUCGUGACCUGUUCGACGUUGCAUUUACUUCUAUUGGACAGUGCGAUUCCCAAGACUGCGCCGCUCAAAGAGAAUAUUUUCGAUUGGCAGAGCCAGUCGAGCAACAGGAGGCUUGGGCCUACAAGUAUCUGGUGGACAUUGACGGCAACGCCUUCAGCGGUCGGUAUUAUGCCUUCUUGAAAAGCAAGAGCUUAGUCUGCAAGGUUUCCGUUUUUCGCGAAUGGCACGACGAAUGGGUUAAGCCGUGGGUACAUUACGUUCCUCUAGGCUUGACGGGCGAUGAAUAUUUGGAGACCAUGCGAUACUUUACUGCCGAAGAAGAAGGCAAGAUUGCAGCUCCACGGAUCGCUCAGCAGAGCCGCGAUUGGGCUCAAAGUGCUCUGCGCAAUGAAGAUAUGGAAGUUUGGCUCUUCAGGUUAUUACUAGAGUAUGGACGACUUGUUGACGAUAAUCGAGAAAACCUGGGAUUUGCUCUUUGA